UUGGAAGAAAUUUUUAUUAUUUUUCAUUUUGGGUGCCAUUAUUAUCAGUACAAGUUCAGAACAAAACCGCCCUUAUCAAAUUCUUUGGUGGACUUGAAAAAAAUAAAAUAAAAUAAAAUGGACUGAUGUAUGAGAGUGGUGCCAGCACAAGUAACACUCGGUGGUCUUCAUCACACUCUAUAAACAAUCCAAUGGUCGGUUAAACUCAAUCAUUGUUGGGGGCCAGCUCCAAUCUUUUGGUUGGCGAUUGGACUUCCUCAUUUUCUCCAUCAACCAAUCUCAACGGUCCACAUCAUCCCUCCAGCCACGUGUCGAAACCGGAACAAAUUGGAGGCUCGCCUAACAGACGGUGACAAGUGGCUUCCACUUUGGCGUUCCUGAUUUCCCGUUAAAAAGAGCUGUUACCGGUUUCUAACCGGCUGUUCCGGUUACCUCAUACCUCAGUAUAUAUAUAACUCACUAAUAAGCACCACAAUUAACCAAAUAGAGCAUCAAAUAGACUUUCCUAAGCUGCAGACUUCUUUAGGAAAAAAAAAAAUAAAAAAUUUAAAUUUUGAAAAAUGCCAAUUUCCCGAAUUGCCAUCGGAAGCCCGGCUGAGGCUAGUCGGCCUGACGCUCUCAAAGCGGCUCUGGCUGAGUUCAUCUCAAUGCUCAUUUUUGUUUUUGCCGGCGAAGGGGCGGGCAUGGCUUUCAGCAAGCUCACCGACGAUGGCUCGACAACACCGGCUGGCCUGGUUGCCGCAGCCAUAGCUCAUGCCUUCGCACUCUUUGUGGCGGUCUCCGUUGGUGCCAACAUUUCUGGUGGUCAUGUCAACCCUGCUGUCACAUUUGGUGCCUUCAUUGGUGGUCACAUUACAUUGUUGAGAAGCAUUUUGUAUUGGAUUGCCCAAUGCCUUGGCUCAGUGGUUGCUUGCUUGCUUCUUAAAUUCGCAACCGGUGGAAUGGAGACAUCUGCAUUCUCCUUAUCCUCUGGCGUGACAGUAUGGAAUGCUCUGGUUUUCGAGAUUGUGAUGACGUUUGGAUUGGUGUACACAGUGUAUGCAACAGCAGUGGACCCCAAGAAGGGUGACAUUGGCAUCAUUGCACCCAUUGCAAUUGGUUUCAUAGUGGGUGCCAACAUCUUGGCGGGAGGUGCUUUCGAUGGCGCAUCCAUGAACCCGGCAGUGUCCUUCGGACCAGCUGUGGUCAGUUGGUCUUGGAGCAACCACUGGGUCUACUGGCUCGGCCCAUUCGUCGGUUCUGCCAUUGCUGCAUUGGUCUAUGAGAUCUUCUUCAUUAGCCCAAGCACUCACGACCAGCUCCCCACCACAGAUUACUAGAAGUUGAUCUCUCUGUUUUGGGUUUCUUUGGGUUUCAAUGAAGUGGGUGUUGGGAUGUUGUUUGAUUUGAUUUUCAUGAGUUGGUAGAGACAUUCUGGCUGUUUUUGUUUAUUAUGGUGAAUUCAAGUUAAGUUUGUUUUGUUUCAAUGGAAUCAAUUGUUGACUGUUGGUCAUUUUAUUCUGCUGGACAAUUUUAUGCACAAUAAUGCAAGCAAGAACCUACUCCAAUUAAUUAACUGAGCUCGGAGAUUAAGAUAAUUAAUUAACGGGUCCAUAAAUCACAAAUUGGC